GGGGUUUGAGCUUCAUGGAGCAGUCAGAUUACAGUGUGGAACCUCUGGACAAUGGACAGGGCAGGAACCCAACUGUAAGUUAUACAGUGUAGAAAUCUUCAGAUUAUUGAACAAGAAUUGAUGAAUUGCACAUAUCCCUUUGGAGAAUUCAAUUACAACUCAACAUGCCACUUUAGCUGUACUGAAGGGUUUGAUCUUUAUGGAUCUGAUAAGUUGGAGUAUGGAGCUUCUGGGAACUGGACUGCAGAACACCCCAUGUGUGAAGUUCAUACUUCAGACAGGAUGUGGGAAUUACAUAAAUCUAUAGGAGCAAUUAUUGGACCAUCAUUAGUUUUUCUUCUAUUGUCAUUUCUAGUUUGUGCUAUUAUACGCCAUCAUGGGAAGGCAAAACAAGAACAUUUUUUAAUCACAAGAAAUGAUGAAAAAAUGGAAACAACUCCAGUUUAAUCGUGAUGUGUUCUAAAUUGCAACUAGCAUUCAAUUGCUCACAUUGGUAAAAUGAGGAUUUAGUAACUUUCAACAACAUAAAAGACUGACAUGGUCUGACUUGCAGUGAAGCAACUCUUUAAAAAGCAAGACACAAUUCUGCAGCAAAUCCAGGAAGCAGUCUCUUUUACUCGAUUUACUCGAAUGAUGAUGCAGAAAUUGGCAUGCUGUGCAACGGAGAUGGAGUGGGUUGCUCCGGAAGAUUUAUUUCUGCUUGCAAAGAUUGAAAUCUUAAACAAAAUAUAUCACCUGAGAAUCAAGGAAGCCUAUAAGGAUUUGCAAAAGUAGCACUGAUCUGAAGAUUCUAUCAACAAUGAAAUCUGUAAAUUCAAGGUUUGGUUUCCCUUUAAAUUUGAAAUUGCAUUUUGUAAAAAGAAGUUUGUAAUAUAUUCAAGUGCUUUAGAUGCAUGAAUUCCUGUUCGUGUACCUCUUUGUCACAAAGAAUAUUUCACUCUUUUCAGCCAAAUAUGUCAAGUGAAGUCAAUUCCAUAUUUUUCCGCUUGGCUCAGAUGUUUACUUGAGGUUAGAAAUAAUGUAUGUUGAAACACAACAGUUAGACAGUACCCAGUCAUGCAGGAACAGCUUGCUAAGUAGAUCAAUCACUCAAUGUUAAAUCUAAGUGGAGGUUAAUGUAGCUUGGACAGAGACAGAAAAUGUAAACAGUGAAAAAACUAUAUUUACUUCUGGGAAUCAUAUGAAAAACGUAGAAGUAAGUGGUGUUAUACAGAAUACUUUAACUAUUUGAAAUUCCUUUCAUUUGGUUUGCAUUUGUAAUUCCUGGCAUUUUUAAUUUUAAUAAUGCUGCUAGAUUAGACUAUGCACAACUAAAAUCAGCAUAUUUUGAUGGUUUAUGUUGUCCAACAUACUUCUCUUCCAUUGCUGUUGUUGUAAACCCCUACAAUUCUACUCUUCAAGUAUUUAUACCAUUUCCAUUUGAAAACCUGCAGGGUUACAUUGUACUUUGCUCAAAAACUGCACACAUACAUGUAGAACUCUGAGCUCAAAAACUGC